ACCUAACAAAACCUCAAAUGCAAAAGCAAAGAAAAUUAAUAAUAAAAUGAAACUGAAAACUCAUAUUUGCAAAAAGACACCAACGAACAUCAAUGGAGAAUAUGGUCUGAAUUUAAAUUCAAAUAACAUCACUAGUGGACCAGGAGGAAAUAAGGAGAAUGCCAACAAUGAUAAAACUUUGGAAAAUCUACCCUUGAGCUGUGUCGAUUGGAGCAGCAAUGAUGAAAUUUAUUUUGUGAGUGAUGACCACCAGAUCUUCAAGUGGAGCUCGGCAACACGGGACUCCGUGGAAGUGGCUAAAUUACCAGAUGAUUUCAUACCCACCGACUUACAUUGGUUGCUGUUGGGUGGCCGUAGCAGCGGUGGUGGCAAGGGAAGUGAUACCCUGCUCAUUUGCAGCAAUGAUGGUCGUUUCAUUAUUUUGAAUAAAAGUUCAAGGGUUGAGCGGAGCAUUACAGCCCAUGCGGCGGCUAUUUCUUCGGGCAGAUGGAGUCCAGAUGCAGCUGGUUUGUUGACGGCCGGCGAGGAUGGAGUCAUAAAAAUAUGGUCUCGCUCGGGUAUGUUGCGAUCCACGGUUAUACAGAGUGAUGAACCUAUACGUUGCGCCAGAUGGGCGCCCAAUUCGACCUCGAUUGUUUUCUGCCAAGGCGGUUAUAUAUCGGUCAAACCCUUGGCUGCUAACAGUAAAUUGAUAAGGUGGCGUGCCCAUGAUGGCUUGGUUCUUUCCCUCAGCUGGUCGCCACAUUCCAAUAUUAUAGCCUCAGGGGGUGAAGAUUAUCGCUUUAAGAUAUGGGAUUCACAAGGGGCCAAUUUAUUUACAAGUACUACAGAAGAGUAUGCCAUAACAGCUGUGGCCUUUAACCCCGAAAAGGAUAUUCUCUUGGUUAGCACAUUCAAUAUGCUGAAAUUGUGCUCCACAGCUGGGUGGUCCUACAGCACAGCACGCUUCAAUGAACCGGUAGUUGGCUCAUUUCAUGCCCUCUCCUGGUCAUCGGAUGGUACCCAGGUGGCAUGUGGUACCUCUACGGGACAACUAAUUGUGGGUUAUAUUGUCCAGAAACAAAUGAUAUCGAGAAACUUAAAGGCCACAUCAACGGGACGUAAGUCCUUGCGCUUGGAGGACAUAACCAAUGGCAGCAGUGACAUGUUGGAGUUCACAGAGAGGAUUAUAAAUUUCGCACUGGGUUAUGGACAUUUGAUUGUGGCCACAUCAAAUCAAAUACAUAUUUACAAUGAGAAGUAUAUCAAUACACCGAUUAUAAUUGAUGGUCGUACCGAUGUGAGGGUCAUACAAGUGGGCAAGAAAUUCUUCAUGGUCUUGGACUCAACAUCAAUAUGGGUAUAUACUUAUACUGGAAGAUUACAUUUGAAUCCCCGCUAUCCUGGAAGUCAAGCCCAGAUACCAUUGCUAAAUGGACGCAGUAUUUCGCUGGGAUUGGAUACUCUGGUUGUAAGGGAUAACUCCGAUACUAUGGUAUUGCACAUCUUUGAUUUGAUACCCGGAGCUACACGCCAAUAUGAACCAUUUAUGCUGAAGGCCAAGACUCAAAUUGCUGAAAUUACCGCAUGUCGAGCUGGGACGGUAGAUGAUCAAUUUGUUGUGAUGAUAGACAACAAUCGGGAACUUUAUAUAACUGAGACAAGAAAUCUGAACAGUAGUUCCGAGAGAAGUGCAAUUGGUGGUAGUAUAAGUGGAUCAACAUCGGGAGAGAUUUAUAAAAUUGGAACACAGGUGACAACAGUGCAAUGGGCAAGCGAGUCAAAUAUUUUGGUGGGGGUGCAUGACACCUGCUACAGUAUUUGGUAUUGUCCGGGGGAGGGAGCACCAGAUCCAACCAUUAUUGCCUUGACCACAGUGACCAUAGAUGCCACGGAAUUUGGUAAAAAUAUAGCCAUUGAAUCCUUUGAAGACUCCAUUGUCACAUUCCGCUGUGCAGGGGCGUUGUUACCCAUAACCGUCAAUAUGUAUUGUGAAAUAUUGCAUCGCACUCUGGCCGAGGGCCAGUGGCAACAAUCUCUGAAGAUUUGCCGUUUGGCCCACAAUGCGUAUCUGUGGGCCACUUUGGCUGCCGUGGCUACUCGUAAAAAUCAGCUUCAAAUUAGCGAAGAAGCCUAUUCGGCGGCAUUACAAAUCGACAAGGUCAGCUAUUUACAGCACAUCAAAACUUUGGAUCCCUCCAGCCCUGAAUAUAUGGCGGAAAAUUCUCUAAUGUUGGGAAGACUUAUCGAAGCCGAAACCAUUUUAAUUCAUAAUCGAAAAUAUCGUGAAGCGGUGGCCUUGUGUUUAAGAAUGCAUAACUGGCGUAAGGCUCUGGAAGUGGCCCAGAAACAUGAACCCGAUUUGAUGGAGGUGGUCCUGGAGCAGAGAAGGAAAUAUUUGAAUGCCUUGAAUCGUGAAGAAUGGGAUACUUUAUUUAUAAGUUUGAGUGUUAAAGAUAAUGAUGAGUAAAUUUGAAACUGAA